AUGCCUGAAGCUGUUAUUAUUGAUGGCAAGGCAGUGGCUGAAGUCAUUCGCGCUGAACUCAAGCAAGAGGUUUCAUUACUGAGAUCUCAAUAUGGCGAUGUACGUCCUGGUCUCUCUGCUGUAAUAUGUGGUGAACGGAAAGAUUCCCAGACGUAUGUACGUUUGAAACGCAAGGCGGCGGAAGAAUGUGGAUUUGCAACCUUUAACGUGGAGCUUCCUGAAGACACUACACAGGCACAGCUUGAAUCCGUAUUGAAUGUACUCAAUAGCAACAGUGAAGUGCAUGGUAUCAUUGUGCAACUACCCCUCCCACCCCAAAUUGAUGAAGCUGCUGCACUCUCAGUGAUUGCUCCAGAGAAGGACGCUGACGCGUUGCUUCCCAUUAAUGUUGGGCUUCUGCACACUAAAGGCCGCGAGCCACCGCUGUUGCCCUGCACGCCUGCUGCCGUGAUUGAGUUGCUCAAACGCAGUGGUGUGACUAUUGCCGGAAAGCGGGCGGUGGUGCUUGGCCGCAGCAACAUUGUUGGGGCCCCGGUGGCGGCGCUGCUGCUGAAGGAGAACGCCACAGUGACGGUGGUGCACUCGUCGACGCCGCUGGCGGACGUGGAGGAUAUUGUGAGGGCCUCCGAUAUUGUGGUGGCCGCGGUGGGAAGACCGAAAUUUGUGCGGGGCGAGUGGAUUAAGCCGGGGGCCGCGGUGAUUGACGUUGGCACAACACCCGUGGACGAUCCGAACACAAAGGCGGGAUACAGACUGGUGGGGGAUGUGUGUUUCGACACCGCACGGGAGCGGGCAGCCUUCAUCUCACCCGUCCCUGGAGGAGUGGGGCCAAUGACAAUCACUAUGCUGCUGAAGAACACUCUCUUAAGUUUCAAAAGGAAAUUGGAACAGGCAGAAGCAAACAAGAAAUGA